UGUUCCACCAGUCCUUGCCACAGACGUUCUGAUGACAACCACGAGACUGUGGAAGAGUUUCUAAAUCGCUUGAAACGAGAAAAUAUCUUCCGCUGCUAUGCCAGUCCAGUGAAUGCUCAAAAACCUUCGCCAACCCCGCAGGCCAACUCGAGCCCUGACCUUACACCGCAUGUUGUAGGGCAAAGUAGUCAAUCCACCUUGUCGGCCAGCCUCGACGCCAACUCCACCGCUCUGAUCGCAAGACGCCCUAACGACGCCGUCCACUCAACAGCAAGGCUGAAGAGUGGAUGGUCGAGCCCAUCAUGGGCCUAUCGUCUUCGGCCGGCCGGACACCGUCUCAGCAAGAUAAACCCAGGCCUGGACGACGGUGAGAAAUUCUGGCCAGAGUUGAAAGGUGAGGCACGGGACAAGGCCGCUUUCCUGCAUCGCCUCUAUCCUCACACCAUGUUCUUCCACAGUCUCUUCUGGCCCGGAGGUCUGUUCCUAUGCGCCCUCUUUGUCAUCGUGCUAACCUACUUGGUCGACGGCUGUGAGGUGUGGGCGGACGACAAGACUGUGAUUGCCUAG